AUGGUCAAGAACAUCCUCGUCACCGGCGGAGCCGGCUACAUCGGAGGGUCCAUCGUUGCGGAGCUCAUGUCUCGUACGAGCGGCCUGAUCAAGGCGACAAUUAUCGUCGCCGCAGUCCGAUCGGAAGAGCAGGUCCAAAGCUUGUCGAAGGCGGGAGUCAGGACCGUCCGAGUCAAUCUCACUGACGAGGCGGCCGUGAAGGAAACCAUCCUUCGCAAUGAGAUUGAUCUUGUCGUUCAUAUCGCAAGCUCCAGCGAUGCUCGAAUCCCCUCUUACCUCAUCCAAGCGCUUGGCCAGCGUUACAAGGCCAGUGGAGAGGCGACGUACUUCAUCCAUUCGGGAGUCACCACGCUUUUUACCGCCGAGGCGGGCUGGCCGUAUGGGGAGGUGAGAGAUACUGAUCCCGUGUUUGAGAAGGAGAAGGAGAUGGGAGGAUCUCAUCCCGUUCGGGAGACCGAUAUCGCUGUCGUUGAACAGGCCCAACUACACGGCGUUACAAGCUUCAAUGUUGUGGUACCACAAGUCUACGGGAGAGGCACUGGCGCGUGGAGGAAGCUGUCAGUGAGCAUCCCAGCACACGUCAGGGCCAGCAUCAAGCACAAGGCCGUCUACAAAUUCGACAAGGAAGGCAUCCCGCCCGCGGUGCAUAUAUCCGAUUUAACAGCGCUUUACGCCCUCCUGGUGGAUAAGAUCCUGCAGAACGAGCCCAUUCCGAGCGGCAAGGAAGGCUACUACUUCGCCACGGCCCAUAGAGCCUCGUGGUGGGAUGUUCUCCAGGGCCUCGCCAAUGGUCUGUAUGCGCGUGGCCUGGUGGGAGAGCCCGAACUCAGGAUCUGGCCUAGCGACAGGACGGCAGCGGAGCGUCUCGAGUUUCCGGUUCCAUACGUGCGGGCUAUGUGCACCUCUAGCGGGGAUAUCGUCGCUGAGAAUGCGUAUCGACUCGGAUGGCAGCCAAAGUGGGAUGAAAAGAGAUAUUUGGAGAGCAUGGACGAUGAGAUUCAAGCGGUGCAGGAAUUGGACACGGUCAAACCCACCAUCUUUGCCUCGCUAAUCAAUCCGUCCGACCAGUGA